GAAGUCAUUUAUAAGGCUUGUUGCUGGGAUUGUGAUGAUUUUUACAUUGGGAAAACCAAACGUAGACUCCAUGAUAGGAAAACUGGACAUUUCAAGGCCCUAACGAAAAAUGAUCGUUCUUCAGCUAUUGCUGACCAUAUAAAGACAACCGGUCAUAAUAUUAAAUGGGAUAAUUUUGACAUUUUAUCGUCCGGAAAAACCGACUAUCAUUGUGAAAUUAAGGAGACUUUGUUCAUACAUGAGUUAAAGCCAGCUCUUAAUAUCAAUGUCGAUAGUGAAAAGCUUUUGCUCUAUCAGCAAAGUUCUUCUAUUGUCAUUUGA